AUUUUUUCUGAUUUAAAAUUAAUGCAGAAAGAAUGGCGGAUGUGACGGUCGAGGAGAUUGAAUCCCUGCAGCGAGAGUUCGACUGGGUUCUCAACACUGAAGUCAAGUCUGUAAUUAAUCAGCUCAAGGAGGCUGUUCAGGAAUGUGCUGCCAAAUUCCCAAUCCCUGUAGGAACAACCAACAAUGAUACUCUGUUUACAACUGACCGGUGUACGAUGACCGGUCACGCGACCAGCCCGCCUGACCAGGUUAAGGUGGUCGUCACCAUGACAGGAGAUAAGAUAAGUCAGGCUGAUAUUAAUCUGAAACUACCCCGUCCUCAUGGUAAAGAUGUUUACUACAAUACAUCUAUUAAGGAGGAUUGCCCUUGGAAACUUCAGCAAAUUCAGGAUUCUGUUAACCAUCUCCAGCUUGCCUCAGAUGAGCUUGAGUCUAUGGAUCCUGAUCAUGAGUUUAAGUCUGCUCAAGAAGUCAAGAAUUUCUUUAGUUCUGUGAUGGUAUCCCUGCAGCGGAGUCGGACUUCUCUAGUUAUCCCGAAGAAAAGAACCCUGGAUGAUCUGCUUUCGAGUAAGAACGUGAAGUCCUUAAAUCCUCCGCUCUCGAAGGAGGUGGCGAUCUCCUUCUAUUUGCAGUCCUGGAAGCUAAUCUUCGCUGUCUAUCACUUGGUCGUGGAUAAGGGGGCGUCAAGGUUUGACCGAUAUCAGUCUGAGUGUGUAGUUCCCUGGGUUAACGAUGUUCUGCUCCUGUUGACCGUCGCGCUACAGACUGGUCAACAGCUGACAGAUAAAAUAGAUAUUCUAGCGCAGUAUCAACAGGAGAUCAAUAUAAACAAUGACAGAGAAAUGUAAACAUGAGGAG